AUGGUCAGCAUAUCCACGCUUGCCGGCUAUAACAAGAAUGACAUUCGGAAUCUAUUAUUGAUUUUACAGGAGUUUGUGAUCACUUACAAGGAUAAUAAGGUCAAGAUCAACUACAAGUCGAGACCGGUGGUGCUAUUUUUGGGGACGCUUAUAUCUACUGCUGGAUUGGGGAUUUUGUUUACGUUAAGGAACUUACUACACCAGUAUUCCGAUUAUCAGUUGAAUAGAAAGCAGAACCGUCCGUUUUUGAUAAGACAAUCAUCGACAAUCUUGAAAAAUGGUAGUCGAGAGAUCUUUAUUCCAAAGGGAAAGAAUUCGACCACAAGGAUAAUUAUUCCGAAACCCAACCAAGAUCGGUAUGCUGCUGACAAGUACUUGUACAAGAACUUUAUAAUUGAUCAGAAUUUGAAGACCCAGAACAACUUGUUCAAUUCCAAGUUUUUGAACCAGUUGCUGAUUAUUUGGAGGAUUUUAAUCCCCCGCUUCUACUCGAAAAAUACGUCGUUGUUGUUAUCACAGUGCUUUUUCUUGAUUUUAAGAACAUGGUUGUCGUUGUUGGUGGCUAAACUCGACGGGCAGAUCGUGAAGAAUUUGAUUGGUGGUAACGGGAAGAAAUUUGCUCGUGAUUUGAUAUACUGGUUAUUGAUUGCGUUCCCAGCCUCUUACACCAAUGCCGCCAUCAAAUAUUUGACGAACAGGUUAUCGUUGAGUUUUAGAACCAACUUGAUUAGAUAUGUGCAUGACAUGUAUCUUGAUAAGAUGAUGGCUUAUUAUAAGGUGUCACUUAAUGAAUCCAGGAUUCAAAAUAUCGAUCAGUACAUUACGAAUGAUAUCACCCAAUUCUGUGAUUCUAUCUGUGGGUUAUUCUCGAGUAUGGGUAAACCUAUGAUAGACUUGAUUUUCUUUGCAGUUUACUUAAGAGAUACUUUAGGAACCGGUGCAUUAGUUGGUAUUUUCAGUAAUUACUUUUUGACAGCGUGGUUUUUAAAGAAGAACACUCCAGCUUUCGGAAAAUUGUCUGCCAAAGGUACUCACCUUGAAGGUCAGUACUAUAAUCAACAUUUGAAUUUGAUUACCAAUAGUGAAGAAAUUGCUUUCUAUAAAGGUUCGGUGAUCGAGAAGUCUAAGCUUAAGGAAACUUACCAUAACUUAUCGGAUCACUUACGUGAUGAAAUUAAUACAACUUUUGGAUAUUCAAUCAUAGAAGAUUAUAUUUUAAAGUAUACAUGGUCUGCUUGGGGUUAUGUAUUUGCAGGAUUACCGGUUUUCCUUGAGGAUUUUUGGAAAACAAUACAACAGAUGAGAAAUGAUGGACCAGUUGAAGAGGAUAAGAAUGCCGUAAUCAAUGAGAAGCAAAAUAUGAGACAAUUUAUUAUCAACAAGAGAUUGAUGUUGUCAUUGGCUGAUGCAGGUUCAAGAUUGAUGUAUUCCAUAAAAGAUAUUUCUGAAUUGACCGGAUACACCGAUAGAGUAUUUAAUUUAUUGACUAAUUUACACGAGGUCCAUUCACCUAGAUUUGAUUAUGGAUCCAAACAAGGUGUUAAGGAUAUCAGAGGUACCAUCCAGUCCAACUACUACGAAGGUAUCAGAUUUGAAAACAUUCCCGUGAUCAUCCCAUCUGCUAAGGGAUCGGAAAACAACAAGUUGAUCAACAAAUUGAAUUUCCUGAUCUCCCAAAACAAGAACUUAUUAAUCUUAGGACCUAAUGGAUGCGGUAAGACAUCCAUUGCUAGAAUUAUGGCUGGAUUAUGGCCGUUAUACUUUGGUUUAUUAAGUAAGCCGGAAGACGACGAUAUUUUCUACUUGCCCCAGAAAACAUACUUCAACAAUGGAAACUUAAGAGACCAAAUCAUUUAUCCUUACAGUUAUGAUGACAUGCUUGAAAUGGGAUACAAUGACGACCAUUUGUAUCACAUAUUAAGAGAAGUCAAAUUGGAGUACUUAUUAUCAAGAGAAGGAAACUUCAAUGUCAAAAAGGACUGGAAGGAUGUGUUCAGUGGCGGUGAGAAGCAAAGAAUGAGUAUUGCCAGGGUCUUAUUCAAAAACCCAAAAUUCGUCAUUUUGGACGAAUCAACCAACGCUGUCUCUACCGACGUGGAAGACUAUUUAUUUGAAUUAUUGCAGAAGAAAAAAAUCACCUUCAUUACCUUGAGCCACAGACCAUUAUUGAUGAAGUACCACGACUUCAUUUUGGAAAUUAAGAGCUCCACUAGUGAAAACGAAAAUGACAUGAGUGGCGUGAAUUGGGAAUUCCAUGACUUGACCUCCGAGGAGAACUUGAAGAGUCUUGAUCAUGAAAUCGAUGAAAUCCAGCACAAGUUGUCCCAAGUCGAACAAUGGGAAUCGAGAAAAGAAGAUAUUGAAAAGUUUCUAGAUGGAAAGUAUGACGACAUUGAAGAAUCCACAGUGGAGUUGUCCCAGGAUCAAAUUCCAUCCGUUUAA